AUAUACAUGUAUCUAACACUACAAUCUGGUGACAAUGCCCGGUUUGGCUUAAGACAUAAAAAAUCCUUUAUCUCGAAAAAUUAAAUAUAUGUUUCUUUCUAACUUGUUUUCUUAUACAUUUGCUUAUAUGAUGAUACAAACCAAAAUAAUAGAAAAAAAUUAGUUACUGUUCUACAUCGAUAUAUAUUGAAACAUCUUUUUACGACUAAGCAAUAUGUGAAAUAUGAAGACUUUGUGAUUAAUAGUUUUUAAGACAAUGAGCAAGUAUCAUUUUGUCAUUUCAGAUACAUGUGACCUUGAGCUUUGAACUAGAAAACAAAUCAAUGGGGGUUAUUUACUUUAUACAACUAACCAAAAUGUGAAAUAUGAUGACUUUGUGGUAAAUAGUUUUCAACUGAUAAUCAGCGGAAGCCACGUGGUCUUCAGACUGACAGACUCAGACCGCCAGACAUUAGCAAAAAAUAUACCCCCGUCAUCUUCUGUUCAACAUUCUUGUGUUUAUUGGAUACAGAAGAAUGAGUAAUUGUAAAAGUAAAUAACUGAAAACAUUUUAAUCAUUUUAGAAUUUUAAAAAUAAUAUUUGGACAUAAUAAACAUAAUUUUCAGAAGUUGAAAAUGGUAAAAUUUAUAAAUAUUAGUUUUUGUGAAUUGUGUGAUAAAUUGUUAUCUUUUAUUUAGGGUCUUAAUUGAAGCAAAGAAAUACAAGCUGACAAGAUGGUGGACAGUAAAGAAACACUUUGUGAGAAGUUAUCAUCUCAAUUGCAUCAUGAGUGUGAAGUGUGUAAUAGAGCGUUUUCUACAGAAACUUAUCUUAUCAGUCAUAUGGCAAUACACACUGACAUGAAAAAACAUAAGUGUGAAGUAUGUGAUAAAGUGCUUUCCACAGGAGGUAAUCUUACCAGACACAUGACAAUACACACUGGCGAGAAGAAACAUAGUUGUAAAAUAUGUUAUAAAGCGUUUUCUACACGAGGUAAUCUUGUCAGUCAUAUGGCAAUACACACUGGUGAGAAAAAUCAUAACUGUCAAUUCUGUGGUAAAGCAUUUUCUCGACGGAGUCAUCUUACCAUACAUAUGACAAUCCACACUGGCGAGAAAAUACAUAAGUGUGAAUUCUGUGGUAAAGCAUUUUCUCAACGGAGUAGUCUUAUCACACAUAUGACAAUACACACUGGUGAGAAAAAUCAUAAGUGUGAAUUCUGUGGUAAAGCAUUUUCUCAACGAAGUCAUCUUACCAAACAUAUGACAAUACACACUGGCGAGAAAAAACAUAAGUGUGUAGUAUGUGAUAAAGCCUUUUCUACAGGAAGUAAUCUUAAAAAUCAUAUGACAAUACACACUGGCGAGAAAAAUCAUAAGUGUGUAGUAUGUGAUAAAGCGUUUUCCAGUAAAAGUAGUGUUAUCACACAUAUGGCAAAACACACUGGCAAGAAGAAUCAUAAAUGCGAAGUGUGUGAUAAAGCAUUUUCCUCACGAAGUUAUCUUAUCAUACAUAUGACAAUACAUACUGGUGAGAAGAAUUAUAAAUGUGAAGUCUGUGAUAAAGCAUUUUCUACUCAAAAUACUCUUAUCACACAUAUGGCAAUACACACUGGAGAGAAAAGAUGUAAGUGUGACAUUUGUAAUAAAGUAUUUUCUCAUAGCAGUUCUCUUAGUAGGCAUAUGACAAUCCACACUGGCGAGAAAAGAUAUAAGUGUGACAUGUGUCAUAAAGCGUUUCCAACAGGAAGUUAUCUUAUUAGGCAUAUGACAAUACACACUGGUGAGAAGAAUCAUAAGUGUGAAGUAUGUGAUAAAGCAUUUUCUGAUAAAAGUUAUCUUAUCAGGCAUAUGAAAAUAAACACUGGCAAUAAAAAAACAUACAUGUAAGUGGACAGUGUGUGAUAAAGGGUUUUCUACACAAAGAAGUGUUAUCAGGCAUAUGAAAAUACACACUGGCAAGUAAAAAACAUGAAUGUGACAUGUGUGAUAAAGCAUUUUCUCAACAUACUAAUCUUAUCACACAUAUGACAACACACACUGGUGAGAAUAAAUAAUACUAUGUCACAUAUAGCAAACAUGCUGGUGAGUGAAAAAAACAUAGAUGUAAAGUGUGUCAUUAAGCUUUUCCAACAUGGUUCUUGAAACAAAUAUAUGACUUUACACACUGGUGAUAAAAACAUUUAUUUGAAGUUCACAGGUAACCAAUCAUUUUUUUAAAAGAAAUGAAGUUAAAUCACACAUGUUGAAUUAGCACCAUAUGGAGUUAAAUAUAGAUUGUAUUUACUAGUUGUUUCACCUCUUAAGCAGUUUUCUAUUAUGAUUUUACUUUUGAACAAGAUGUUUGUUUGGUUUAAGAAAGUUAUUUAAACAGUUUUUCAGUUUGAUUGAAUAAACAAUAUGCCUGCC